AGCCAAUGGCCAUUCAAAUGUCAGAAAAGAAGAACGGAUAGAAGCAGAGAGGGGUGAAAGCUUCUCUCUGAAUAUGGAAACCAUGAAAGCAGGAGACCCAGAUCUUCAAAUCAUACACACAAUAGGAGAAGAAGAAGAUGAAGAUGAUCUUCUCUAUAACUUUACAUUCUCAUGCAAGACAGGAGGGGAUAAACACAACCCAAUAUCAGUCGAAAUGUAUACAGACUCCACACAUCUCCAAGGAUCUUUUAUUUCAUCCUUCUUUCAAUCCAAACCACAUGUCAUUAAUCUCUCUGAUGAUGAUGAAUUAUCACAAGAAGUAAAGAUCUUGAAGUCGCAACCAUCAAAGGAAUCGUCACAAGAAGUAAAGAUCUUGAAGUCGAACCCAUCAAGGGAAUCGUCACAAGAAGUAAUGAUCUUGAAGUCGUACCCAGCAAGGGAAUUAUCAGAAGAAGUAAAGAUCUUGAAGUCGUACCCAGCAAGGGAAUCAUCACAAGAAGUACAGCUCUUGAAGUCGUACCCAUCAAGGCGUAUUUCGAGGAGGGUGUUCUCUGGGCCGUCGAUCUCUGAAACCGGCCAAUCUUCGGCUUCGAAGCCGGCCCCAGAGCCUGUCUUCUGCAAAAUCUGCAUGGAACCCAAAAACCCAAAUGAGAUUUUUACUGUCAGCGGAUGCCGGCAUGUGUUCUGCUCCGAUUGCAUCGGCCAGCAUGUGGCGGCGAAGAUCCAAGACAACGCAGCGUUGGUGCGAUGCCCGGAGCCGGGCUGCGAGGUGACGCUGGACCCGAUAGUCUGCCGGCCCAUCCUACCGCAGGACGUGUUUGAUCGAUGGGGCAGCGUCCUCUGUGAGUCGUUGAUUCUUGGGUUGAUGAAAUUCUACUGCCCCUUUAAGGAUUGCUCGGCACUGUUGUUGGAUGAGGGGGGAGAAGAUGGGAGUGCUAUAGUGGAGUCUGAGUGCCCGCAUUGCAGGAGGUUGUUUUGCGCUCAGUGCAAGGUGGAGUGGCAUUCGGGAAUUGGGUGCGUUGAAUUUCAGAAUUUGAAGGGUGAUGAGAGAGAGAGGGAGGAUAUAAUGCUGAUGAAUCUUGCAAAGGAGAAUAAAUGGCAGAGGUGCCCAAAAUGCGGGUUUUAUGUCGAGAAGAUCGAAGGGUGCUUGUUCAUGAGAUGCAGGUGCAGCCACUGUUUCUGCUACCAUUGUGCGGGGCCCGUCGACGAACGUCUUCAUUACUGUGCUAGAUGUAGGCACUAGUUACAACAAAAACUGCAAAUGCCAUUGUCAAUAAUGGUAUUCUGCUCGGGAGACUGCACUAAACCAUGCUUGAUGAAUAUAAGCCAGUCCUUAAAUUAUUGGGCGUGUUUGGAUGUACAAUUGAACUGAAUUGUAGGGUGUUAAAAGUUAGGUUACAAUUCAAAAUGAUAGUGUGGAUCAUGAUUAUGACCGUUUCAAGUCUGACAUGGGAUGCUAGGAAUUUUGGUACUAGCGGCGAGAUCUUCAUGGUGGGGCCUACCAUAUUCAUAGUACUGAUGUCUAGCGCAAGUGGCAUGUUUGGAGGACAGCAAGGUGCCACAGUGGAACAUUUGCCUGUGGGUGAUAAUCUCAUUUAGAGGCUUGUUUGUCAUUAGGAAUGAAAAUGGUGUCACCCCACAUUGGUCAUUUUCUCUGGUGUAAUGAAUUCAAUGGAUUGCAAUUCAAUUCAAUUGUGCAUCCAAACACUCCUUAAAUAUUUUUCACAAGUGUAAUAGAGGUACAAUGAGGGUAAACUCUGCUGCAUUUGGGUGUCUUGAAUUUCUGUCAAAAUUGUAAAUUUCUCUGCACAUACUAAAAGAAAUUCUUUGACCA